UUGUAGUAGCUUCACGAGUAUAUAAGACCACCUCGACCACUCACAGCAAACAAGGCACUUCAAUUUCAGUCGCACACGUUCCGAUCAAAGCAAACCAGAUUCCCUCUCUGAAAUCAACGCAAAUGGGUCUGAAGGAGGAGUUUGAGGAGCAUGCUGAGAAAGCAAAGACCCUUCCAGAGUCAACAACCAAUGAGAACAAGCUCAUCCUCUAUGGAUUGUACAAGCAAGCCACUGUUGGAGAUGUUAACACCGCCCGUCCUGGAAUUUUCAAUAUGAGGGACAGAGCAAAGUGGGAUGCAUGGAAGGCUGUUGAAGGCAAAUCCAAGGAUGAAGCCAUGGGCGAUUAUAUUACAAAGGUGAAGCAGUUGCUGGAAGAAGCUUCUGCUUGAUAUUUUCCUGUGGUCUUACUGGCAUAUGUUUCUGAAUCUAGAAUUCUAAAUUGAUCUGUAAUAAUUUCUACUUCUUUGCAUUGGUACUCUGUUAUAUCUCAAAAUUGUAUGAAUGUCAUAUCUAUGAGUUGCUUUCAGUCGA